AUGGAUAUCGUCAAAAGCAACUUGGAGACGUUAAAAUGCCGAAAGGAAGAUAUUGAAGAAAGAUUGAAAGCGGAGAGUGGACCAUUAAGGAAAUUGGCAACCGCUGAAGUCAGAAAUUGGUUGCAAAAUGCGGAAGUGAUCAUUGAUGAAGCACCAAAAAUGGAGCGAAAAGCUAGAGAAGUAAAAUAUUGCUCACGUGCUUCUCUAGGAAAACUUGUUGAGGAGAAGAUUCAAAAAGUCAAAGAUCACUAUGAGAAGGGUACAUUUGGGAGUUUGGAAGUAGGAAUACCUGUGCCGACUGUAGAUAAUGGAUGCAAAUUGACAAUAACCACUCGUUCAAAAGAGAUAUGUAGCUCUAUGGGUUGUAAACAAGUCAAUGUGAUGCUGCUGUCAGAUGAUGAAGCACUGAGGUUGUUUAUGGAUAAAGCGGGCGACAAUAUCUUGGGAGGUUCAGAUAUUGAAGUAACAAGGAAACUUAUUGUCGAUGGAUGCGCUGGGCUGCCCAGGCGAUUGUCACAAUAG